AUGAGAACUACGUCAACGUCAAAACUUAUCGGGCUUUGCCUAAGCGCAGUCCAACAGAUUAUUCAAGAAUGUGCCUACAUUGCUGACGACGAACCUGCCUUUUCAUCAUCGUCUCCAUCACCUCACCAGAAUGCUGGCUCACCGAAGCCUCCAUCCAACGUCCAAACUUUGGGAAGCAUCCGGCUCUGCGGGCUGGAAGGCUGCAAAGAACCAUUAGUCGAACUCCUAUGCCGACAAGCGUCGAAGAUCCUGCAGCUCUAUGGAACCAAACGCGAAAAGGCAAUUUCACUGGUAAAAAGAAGACUCGAACUCUUGACAAAAACAGCAUAUGGCAAGUUCUAUGCGUACAUGUACAAGGAGGUGCCGACCUGCUGGCGACAGCUUUACACGGAUGCGGCGAUCUUGAGGUUUGCGGUUUUAGUUUUGCUUGAGUUUGACUUUGAAGCUGAUGCGGGAUCGAAGGAGGACGCUGAUGAGAAGGAGAAGGAGAGAAGGAUGAAGAGGAAGAUGAUUGUUGAUGAGAUGGUCAAAACGCUGGAUCUGAGUUUGAUAUUAGCUGGGGCUGCGGGCCAGAGCCGCGGCAGGAAGUGGGUUGAUGAAGCUUUUGCGUUGUUGGAGGAUGUUCUGGGGGAUAUGUCAGCUAUGACCACAGCUGCUGCUGGUGGAGCCAAAAAGGGUAAUGAUGAUGAGCAGGAAGGCGAAAGACCACAGAAGAAGCGGCGUCUCUCAUCGUCUCCCAACACCAAGGACGAAGUGAUCAAGGGAAUCAACGACAGCUGGCAAAACACGCCAUCCUUUUCCACCAUUGAACCCUUUACGCCGCCCGUCAAGAACCCGAUCUCAAGGGUUUCUGCCGAGUCCCUCCCCAUUGAAGCAUUUCAGUCACACUUUGCGAAACCUCGCCCAGACGGUAACCCAGGCCCAGCUCCCCUGACCAUCACAGGUCUGGUAGACCAUUGGCCAGCACUCACCACCCACCCCUGGAACAAGCCAGACUACCUCUUAUCUCGCACGCUCUCCGGCCGGCGGCUCGUACCCGUCGAAAUCGGCCGCAGCUACGUUGACGAAGGCUGGGGGCAAAAAAUCAUCUCGUUCGGCGAGUUCUUAUCCAAGUACAUUGACGCUUCUAUCCCCUACACUCCCUCAUCUUCCAACGUAUCCCCUUUCCUCUCCUCGUCAUCCUCAGCUCAACCGCAACCAUCAUCCUCGGAUCUAUUACCCGAAAAAGACAACACCCAGAUAGCAUACCUAGCGCAGCACCCCCUCUUUCUCCAACUGCCCCGUUUACGACAAGACAUUCUGAUUCCGGAUCUUUGCUACACCGCGCCUCCCCCACACCCAACAGACCCAAGUCAAGAUCAACCGGAACUUGACUCGCCGCAACUCAACGCCUGGUUUGGCCCACCGGGCACGAUCACCCCGUUGCACACGGACCCGUACCACAAUUUGCUGGUGCAAGUAGUGGGGAGGAAGUAUGUGCGGUUGUAUGGGCCAGAGCAGACGGGAAGGAUGAGGCCAAGGGGAAAGGAGGGGGGCGUGGAAAUGGGGAAUACGAGUCAGGUUGAUGUUGGGGUUGUUGAAGGGUGGGAUAAGUUGGAGGGAGAAGAUGAGGAGGAGGUAAAGUCAGGAGAUGAAGGGGGUAGAGAGAAUAGUGAAAUGGGUUGGGAUGAGGACUUUAAAAAGGUGCCGUUUGUGGAUUGUAUUUUGGAGCCGGGAGAUACCUUAUACAUACCGAUCGGGUGGUGGCACUAUGUGAGGGGGUUGAGUGUUAGUUUCAGUGUUAGUUUCUGGUGGAAUUAG